CUCACUCCCCACUCCCCCGCUCCGUCGAGUCCCCAGCCCCAAAAGCCACGCCGCCGCCGCCCCAUCUCCCGUCGAAACCUACCUAUUCCAGCGGCCAUCCCUUCCAAGCUAUGGAGAAUCCGGUGGAGGAGCCGAUGUCCAGGCUCACCCGCGACCUAAUCGCGGAGAUCCUCUCUCGCGUGCCCUAUAAAUCGCUCUGCAUCUGCAAGUGCGUCUGCCCGGCCUGGCGCGACCUCAUCGCCGACCCCGUCUACAGGAAGAAGAUUGUGCACUCCCUGACCGGCUUCUUCUACCGCAUCACCGAAGAAGCCGCGGCCUUCCCCGGCGUCAACUACGCCGACCUGUCCGCCUUCCCGUGGGCGAGCGUCCCCAAGACCCACCCGCGGCUGCCGCUGCCGCCCGACAGCACGGACCGCGUCAUGUCCGUCGAUGAUUCCUGCGAUGGACUGUUUCUUGCCCGCAUUUCUAUUGGGGCUGGCAAUUUUCGCUACAUGGUCUCCAAUCCAGCUACCGGUGAGUACACUCUGCUGCCCCACAAUGGCCACGCCGGCAACGACAGCAUUGCUUACCUGGGUUUCGACAGCGAUGCAUCCACUGAGGGGUUUCAUGUGUUCGAGUUUGCAGAGGACUGGUCACCCCCGGACCACCGGGGCAUACAAUUCCAGGUUGUGACACAAGUGAGGAUUUACUCUUCAAAAACUGGUGCGUGGGUAGCAAUGGAACCCAAAUGGGACAGCCAAGUUAGCCUGUGCUUUGGUCAGCCUAGAGUUUUCCGUAACGGAUGUUUGCACCUGAUAGGGCUAAGCUGCUUUGAUGCAGAUGUGUUCGGGUUGGCAAUAGUUGAUGCACAAGGGCUAAAAUGGAGGAUCGUCCCGCUGCCAGCUAACAGUUUCUCGGGUUUCAUUGGGAAGUCUCAUGGGCACCUAUUUUAUGUCGACUCGGACACAUCUUUGACUACUAUAUCCGUUUACACUCUUAGUGGUGAGAUUUAUAACUGGGGUGUGUGUCAUCAGGAUGACGACUGCAUCUACUGGAAAUUGUACAAGUGUUCAAAUGUAAUUCCAAAUAAGGAGUCUCUCGAAGUCAUUGGAGUACACCCACAUGCCAAUCUCAUCUUCAUAGCUCAUUCGAACAAUCAAGUGUUGGCAUACGAUUUGGAUCGUCAAGAAAGCACAGUUGUAACUUCCAUUCAACAUCUUUCCUGGAGAGAUUGCAGAGAGGAUCCUCAUUAUUCCAGUAAAUUCUGAAGGUUGUACUGAUUCUCCGCCUUGGCCACUCAUCACUAAGAUUGGAGUAUAUUCAGCCAGAUCUGCAUACAACCUAGCCAGAUCCCAACUAUUCUAGGAAAAUCGAAGUGAUUAUGCCAAAAAAGCAUCGUCAAAUCAGUUGACUAUGGAAAAAGCUUGGAGAAAAUUAUGGGCGAUUCAAUGUCCUAACAAGAUGGAGGUGGUUUUAUGGAGAAUGGCUCAUAAUUGACUUCCUACGGGUAUCCAACUUCAAGUGCGAUCAAUCACAACAAGGUAUGAUUGUCAUCUUUGUAAUCGAAAGGAAAAUGAGGAGCAUUGUUCUUUGUAAUGCCAAUAUGUUAAAGAAAUAUGGAAAGAGCCGAAGAAAGAUAUUUUGGAUACUAGACAGGGUGGCAUCCACAUCGCCCCUGCAAGGCCAGCCAAGCUCCAGGAAUGUACCUCACCGGAUAUUUUGGACACUAGACAGGGAAUGCUGUAAUGGCAUGAUUUACCUCCAGG